UCGCGCUCCGCUGCUGUCGACAAGUUUGUCCCUCCCCGUGUCCCGUUAGCGGUAACCAGGGGUUACCGGCCUGGUUACGCGUCCCCACUGCCUCGGAGAUCUCGGUUCCGACCAAUGAACGGCUUCGCGUGAGCAGAGGCGGGGCGGCGGGGGAACCGGGCACGUGACCCCGGAGCUGCCGCGUCGGUCCCGGCGCGUUGCGGCCCCCGCCCCGCGUUCGGCCGCGCGCUCCCGUCGCCCUGGGCAACGCCGGUCCCGCUGGCCGCCGCCGCGCCGGGGCCGAGCUGCGCGGAGCCGUUCACGGUGGGGCUGCGCGGCCUCAUCGCCUCGGCUGAGCGACCGCAGUGACAAGAUAACAUCUGGACCUCUGCAGCCUCUCUUGGGUUAUUCUGGCCUGUCCACAUUGUUUCUGUAGCUUUCCUGUCUAUGGAUGGCUAAUGAAGAGGGAUGUUCAGUCUAAUGGCCAAUUGCUGCAGCUGGUUAAAACGGUGGCAGGAACCUGUAAGGAAGGUGACACUAAUAAUGGUGGGUCUUGAUAAUGCUGGUAAAACUGCUACAGUCCGAGGAAUUCAAGGAGAGUCUCCUGAAGACGUGGCUCCAACUGUUGGGUUUUCCAAGAUUGACCUUAAACAGGGACGCUUUGAAGUCACCAUCUUCGAUUUAGGAGGUGGAAAACGAAUUCGAAAUAUCUGGAGAAAUUACUAUGCUGAGUCCUACGGUGUAAUAUUUGUUGUGGAUUCCAGUGACAUUGCAAGAAUGGAAGAAACAAAGCAAGCCAUGAUAGAAGUUUUAAACAGCCCUAAGAUAUCGGGAAAACCCGUGUUAGUGCUGGCAAAUAAACAGGACAGAGAAGGAGCUCUGUCAGAAGCAGAUGUAAUCGAGUCCUUAUCUCUGGAAAAGCUUGUCAAUGAACACAAGUGUCUAUGUCAAAUUGAACCUUGUUCAGCCAUCAUGGGCUGUGGGAAAAAAAUUGAUAAAUCAAUAAAAAAGGGUUUAUAUUGGCUUCUACAUAUCAUAGCAAAAGAUUUUGAUGCCUUAAAUGAGCGCAUCCAAAGAGACACUACAGAACAAAAAGCAUAUGAAGAACAAAAGAAACUAGAAAGAGCUGAGCGAGUGAGAAGGAUACGAGAAGAAAGGGAAAAAGAAGAAGGAAGAAGUGUACCUGAUGAGGAAGACCCUGAGCCUGGGAACUCUGAAAACCCCUUCCAGCCUAUAUCUGCUGUAAUCUCUGAGAAUGAAAAACAAAUUGAAAAGGAAAAGAAGCGGCAAAGGUUGGAGACUGAAAAGGCUACAACUGUCUCGAAAUCUCAAACAGAACAGGAACAAAUGGAUGACCAUCAUUUAUCAAGUAGCAGUAGCCAAAACACAAAUGAUAGUAGAUUAGAAACUUGCAAUUCUACAACUACACAGCUUUUGCAGCAUGAAGAAGAGAAUGAGCAACAAGCCUCAGAAUGCCUUGACUCAGAUAACAGCAAGAAAAAAAGUAAAAAACCAAAAUUAAAAAGGGGCCACAGAGUAGAACCUGUUAAUACAGAGGACACUGUUCCCAAAAAUCCAACACCACCACCAGCUCUUCCACCAGUUGGCUGGGGAACUCCCAAACUUAAUAGACUUCGAAAACUUGAGCCCCUUGGUGAAACACAUCAUGCUGAUUUCUAUGGAAAGCCUCUUCCCCCGCUGACUAUACGCCAAAGACCCAACAGUGAUACUCAUGAUGUCAUUGCUUAACUGGAUCAUAAAUAGCAUUUAUAAAACAUAAUCAAAAUAUUAUUUCGGAAAUAUUUUUUGCUUUUGAAGGAAAAUUUUAAAAAUCACACACUUAUCAGCUUGUUACAAAAUAACUUGGUUACAAUUAAACAUGGAGUUCAUUCUGUCGUACUUAGUGGAUCGGACUGUCAUUUACUUUUCUCAUCACCAGCUCUUCUUCAGAAUUUAGCAUGAAAUCAAGAAAGGUCUAGGUGUCCAUGGAUGCUCAUAUGAACAUGGUAUUGAAUAUUUAUUGGGUUUACUUGUGAAAAUACAUAGCUGUAAACCUGAAGAAAAAUAUCUUCCAAGAUCUUAUAAUACAGGAUUGUACAUUCUCACCAAGACCUUUCUCCAGCUGCUGCAGAGUCAUUGGUAUUUUUACAGCUAAUAAAUUAUUCUAAAACAUUUUGUAAGAUUCAUGUAUGUUAGGGAGAAUAUAGGAAAGUUAUGCAAAAAAUAUUGAGUAUAUUUUUCUAACUUUUUAUAAAAUUAUUUGAAAGUUUGAGAGAUCACAUAUACCUGCUACCAAUAAAACAAUAACUAGAAAGCAUUAGAAAGCUGAUAAUCAAAUGCAUACAAAUAGAGUAUGUUUGACUCUUACCUUUCUCUUAAGUAGCAAUACUUUUUACUAGGGAUUACGUUACCAGAUGCAUAUUUCAUAUUUCUGGCAAUCUGAGGGGGGGGGGGGGGAAGUAGAAAGGAAAGUUUAAGAUAAAUACUUUUUAUACAAACAAUGCUAUUUGGAUUGUCUGAAAGUUUUCUUAUGUGUUGUUUUCUUUGUUUUGUUAACCAAGUUUGGCAUAGGUAAUAAAUUCAGUUGCAAAAGUAGAGCUGAAUAUUGUAUUGUCAACUAAAACACACAAAAAUUGCACAGUGAAAGUUUUGCACUAAUCCAGUCAUCCAGUUUUGAUGGAAAACUGAAUCAACCACUAUGCAGAUAAGCUCCAGUUGUUUUUAAUCUUAAUAAUACUAAAAUACCAUCUU